AUGCUCGAGGCCGGCGGCACCGAGGAGGCCGAGUUUGCGUCGCGCGUCAAUCUCCUCGUCGCGACCAUCAACUCGCGCUAUGGCUCGCUGAGGCAUACGCCCGUGCAGCUCUCGCCGCUGCCGCCGCAGCAGGACGCGUACUUUGCGCUGCUGCGGCAGAGCGACGUGGCGCUCAUCACGAGCGUCCGUGAAGGUAUUAGUACGACAGCGCUCGAGUACAGCAUCUGCCAGCGCGACCGCCGUGGCACGCUCAUUCUCUCCGAGUUUAGCGGCACCGCGGGGGCACUGAGCAACGCGGUCGUGAUUAAUCCUUGGGACGUGUCCGCGGUGGCGCACGAGAUUUACAUGGCGCUGACGGUAACGGAGGAGGAGAAAACGAUGAGCCAUGAGGCGCUGUCUCGGCAGGUGCAGGAGAUGGGUGUCGAGCGCUGGGCAAGGAGGCUUUUUGGUAUGCUUGAGCGUUUUCCCAUGAAGGAUGGCUCUCACGAAGCCAAGACAAGCCCCAUCUUAGAAUGA